AUGUAUUUAAAAUUUGGUCAAGUAUCUAUAUGGCCUAAUAGGGAGGUUAUAAGAGCUACAAUGCCUGACAGCUUUAAAGAGAAAUACUCUUGCACCCGUGUAAUAAUCAAUUGUACAGAAAUUAGAUGCCAAAUGCCUUCCAGCCUUCUGUUGAAUUCCAAAUUGUUCAGCUCCUAUAAGAACCAUGUAACUCUAAAAGGCUUAGUUGGAAUUGCUCCCAGUGGAGCUAUAACUUUUAUCAGUCAGCUAUAUAGUGAAAGCAUUUCCGAUCGCGAAAUUGUUGAACAAAGUGGUUUCCUGAAGUUAGAAUUUGACAAUGGUGACACUGUGAUGGCUGAUAAAGGUUUUACAAUUGAAGACCUACUCCCACUAGGUGUAACCCUAAACAUUCCCCCCUUUUUAGGGUCUAAUAGCCAAAUGACAGCAGAAGAUGUUAUCAAGACUCAAGAAAUUGCUUCUAUUAGAGUACAUGUUGAACGGGCCAUCAAUAAAAUCAAGAAUUUUCACUUAUGGGAUAGUGUUGUACCCCUCAGUUUGUUUGGGGUAGUAAACCAAAUGUGGAGUGUCUGUGCCUUUUUAUGUAACAUUCAGGACCCUCUUAUUUCCACUUAA